GCUUCCUCAUUCCGUUCCAGCUAACGGAGAAGAAGCGAAGGCAUUUUCUAAUCUUUCAUUGAGAAAAGGUGAAGGCGAGAGGAAAACACCAAUAGAUUGUCUUUGGUAUGUAAUUACACUUUCUAAACAGACGGAAUAGCAGUAAAAUAUUGAGAGCAAUGCAUGAUUAAUUCCGUUCUCGGUAUUCACCAUCGCUGAAUGACGGGAUCGCCUGCUGUCACAAGACAACUGUGUGUGGCGGGAGGAGGGUCUGAAUCACGGAUGUUUGUAGGGAUACAGAUGCAGGCCUGUCUUCCAGUAAAAUACCAUAUUACCGUCGACUCAUCUUAUUACUGCACAGGUUCGUGUGCAUGCAGCUUCCAGCCAAAAUGAUCCACAGCCUGUUCCUCGUGAAUUCCUCCGGGGACAUUUUCCUGGAGAAACACUGGAAGAGCGUUGUGAGCCGCUCCGUGUGCGACUACUUCUUCGAGGCGCAAGAGCGCGCCAGUGAGCCAGAGAAUGUGCCCCCCGUCAUCCCGACCCCCCACCACUACCUCAUCAGCGUCCUCAGGCACCGCAUCUACUUUGUUGCGGUCAUCCAGAGCGAGGUGCCGCCGCUCUUUGUCAUCGAGUUCCUACACAGGGUAGUUGAUACAUUCCAGGACUAUUUUGGGGUGUGCACAGAGGCAGCGAUCAAGGACAAUGUGGUGGUAGUAUAUGAGCUGCUAGAAGAGAUGCUGGACAAUGGCUUCCCCCUGGCCACAGAGUCCAACAUCCUCAAAGAGCUCAUCAAGCCACCCACCAUCCUGCGCACAGUGGUUAACACCAUCACAGGCAGCACCAAUGUAGGGGAGCAGCUCCCUACUGGACAGUUGUCUGUAGUGCCAUGGCGACGCACUGGAGUCAAGUAUACCAACAACGAGGCCUAUUUUGAUGUAGUGGAGGAGAUUGAUGCCAUCAUUGAUAAAUCAGGCUCCACUAUCACAGCAGAGAUCCAGGGGGUGAUUGAUGCCUGUGUGAAACUAACGGGCAUGCCUGACCUUACUCUCUCGUUCAUGAACCCUCGUCUGCUAGAUGAUGUGAGCUUCCACCCGUGUGUGAGGUUCAAGCGCUGGGAAGCUGAGAGGAUCCUCUCCUUUAUCCCCCCAGACGGAAACUUCCGGCUGCUCUCCUAUCACGUCAGCUGCCAGAAUCUGGUGGCCAUCCCAGUGUACGUCAAGCACAACAUCACGUUUAGGGAGGGUAGUUCUCAGGGCCGCUUUGAGCUGACCCUGGGCCCCAAGCAGACCAUGGGGAAGGGGUUAGAGGCUGUUCUAAUCAGCAGCCAGCUACCCAGAGGAGUCCUCAACACCAACCUCAACCCCUCCCAGGGGACAUACAACUUCGACCCUGUCACUAAGCUCUUGUCAUGGGACGUGGGUAAAAUCAACCCUCAGAAGCUGCCUAGUCUAAAAGGCUCUAUGAGCCUGCAGGCAGGGGCCGCCAAGCCAGACGAGAACCCCACCAUCAACAUCCAGUUCAAGAUCCAACAGUCGGCCCUUUCAGGACUGAAGGUGAAUCGGUUGGAUAUGUACGGGGAGAAAUACAAACCAUUCAAAGGCAUCAAGUACAUGACCAAGGCCGGCAAAUUCCAGGUGCGGACAUAGAGGCUCCGCUCUCUGGCCUCUGCACCAAUACUACUACUGUAAAAGAGAGAGGGGGAGGUUUCCGAUGGUGGGGAAUAAAUACAGAAAAUAUAGGGAAGGGAGUGGCUAUGGUACAUUCCCUGUGUAAAUGCAUUUCAGGAUUUAUCCACACAAACUGUGGGCUCUGCUGUCUAACUGAACUAGCUACCACAGAAUGUGUGACACGACACACAAAAGCAUAUUUAAUGGAGUUGUUUGCACAGUCAAAUAGGUGGCGAUAAGAGACUAUCCGUCUUAAUGUGUCUACAGCAUUUUUGGUAAGCUAAAGCCUGGAAUUGGUCUCUCUGUUGUGUCAUUUCUGGUUCCUUUUUCCAAUCUCUUUGCUACCCUUUGAGUUCCUUUUGUGAGUGAGAAUAGCAGGCAAAAUGGUUUGUGUGCUUCUGCUACUACUUUUCUUCUCAUGCUCCCAUCCAUUCCUUAUAACCAACGGCCCAGAGUUUGGGUCAAUUCGAGUUAACACAGCCACACUGUCAUAAUUAUUUAUUGAGUGUAUUAAAAAAUGUUAACCUUUAUUUAACUAGGCAAGUCAGUUAAGAACAAGUUCUUAUUUACAAUGACGGCCUACCAAAAGACAAAAGGCCUCCUGUGGGGACAGGGGCCUGGGAUUAAAAAGAUAAAUACAAUAUAAAUAUAGGACGAAACACUACAUAAAAAGAGACGUAAGACAACAACAAAACAUGACAUGACAGCAACACAACAAUGGUAGCAGCACAAAAACAUGGUACAAACAUUGGGCAAAGUCAACAGCACAAAGGUCAAGAAGGAAGAGACAACAAUGCAUCACGCAAAGCAGCUACAACUGUCAGUAAGAGUGUCCAUGAUUGAGUCUUUGAAUGAAGAGAUUGAGAUAAACUGUCCAGUUUGAGUGUUGCAGCUUGUUCCAGGCGCUAGCUGCAGCGAACUGAAAAGAGGAGCGACCCAGGAAAGUGUGUGCUUUGGGGACCUUUAACAGAAUGUGACUGGCAGAAUGGGGUGUUGUAUGUGGAGGAUGAGGGCUGCAGUAGACAUCUGAGAGAUGCCUAAGCGAGUUAUAUAAAUAAUUAUCAACCAGUGGGUCUAGCGACGGGUAUACAGAGAUGAUCAGUUUACUGAAGAGUAUAGAGUGCAGUGAUGUGUCCUUUAAGGAGCAUUGGUGGCAAAUCUGAUGGCUGAAUGGUAAAGAACAUAUAGCCGCUUGAGAGCACCCUUACCUGCCGAUCUAUAAAUAAUGUUUCCGUAAUCUAGCAUGGGUAGGAUGGUCAUCUGAAUCAGGGUUAGUUUGGCAGCUGGAGUGAAAGAGGAGCGAUUACGAUAGAGGAAACCAAGUCUAGAUUUAACUUUAUCCAGCAGCUUUGAUAUGUGCUGAGUUAAGCACUGCACUGUCUAGCCAUACUCCCAAGUACUUGUAUGAGGUGACAACCUCAAGCUCUAAACCCUCAGCGGUAGUAAUAACACCUUUGGGAGGAGGGGCAUUCGUCUUACCAAACCACAUGACCAUAGAUGACCAUGAUAGAAAUGAUGGCUAAGCCCGGCCCAUUUCUACAAUUAAUCUUCUUCAAAUCUGAUUUUACCCUAACCUUAAAGUUAGACCAAAUAUAUAUAUUUUUUCAUCAAUUUGGACUUUGAGGCUGUAGAAUCUGACUUUGUGGUUGUGUUAUCUAGUGGGAUCCCAGAGUUUCUUCUGGCCAGGACUGGAUAAGUUCCUGGCUCUACCUAUAUUACAUGUUAUUCUAAAUUCUGUAUUCCCUUGCUACUUUCUCCCUUUACUUAUUCCAAUGCUCCCUGUUUUCUGAACUUCUCUCUUCAGUCCUCCAAACCAAAUGCAUUUCUGUGUCUCUCUGUUAUCAACUCUGGAGUCACACGCUGGAGUUUGAGAAUGCAACAUGAAAUUCCUCCGCCUGACUCAUUCACUACCAUGCCUAUUGUUCUGUCAACAGUUAAUAGUGUAGGCAUAACCAUGUCAUUCUCAAAUCCAAUCUAGUGGUUUGUAGGAUGAGGUUGACACAGUAUGUUACUGUUUUUUGCUCUUUUUCUAUAUCAUGUAAGGCGUCAGGUCGAGCACCUUGCUGUGGCCUACCUGAUGUUUUAUCCACCUUAAUCCAUCCUGAUGGCCUUUUUAAAAGUAUUAUUUAUUCAACAAUGAUAUAAUCCUGAUACGAGCACCAAAUCGCAUGCUGAAUAACCCAGCUCAUAUCAUGCAGCUCAAAUGUAUCUUUAUUACUCUAUAGUGAAUUAUACAGAGGCUUGAGCAUCAUGAAGACCAAUAACAUGAAACAUGCUGCCCCCCUAUGAUGUUAUUGAAGCUGUUACUCACAGUGGCCUGGCUUUCCUCUGUGUAGGUAUGUUUUCUAUAAGUUCUCCAUACUGCAGUUUGAUGACACGGUUGGUUGGGUUUCCCUAUCAAGAAUGUUCAAGGUUCGGGUUUACAGCUUUUGUUUUGUUUGUGUGUUUGUCAAAUGAAUUCAAAUUUAGUUUUACAAUGCUAUGACAUUAAAGAAUUAAGAAGUGAUAUGAUAUACGUUGAAUUAUCCAGUCCAUUGUGUUCCCCUCUGAUAGAUACCAGGACAUCACAAAUCAAUGUAGUGGUUGUACCAACUAAAAUAACCUAAUUUGUCUACAUGUUUGUUGUUACAAACAUGUAGACAAAUUAGGUUAUUUUAGUUGGUACAACCACUACAUUGAUUUGUGAUGUCCUGGUAUCUAUCAAACACAUUUCUGUCUAAAAAUCAUUGAGUAUUAUAAGAGCCCAUUUAUGAUGAUGUAUGUGAGGUUUGAUUAAAGGUUCAUGCCAUCCUU